AUGGCUCCACCUCUCAUCACAAACAAGGCCUCAGGCGGCUGCCUUCUCUUCUUCCUCCUAUUCUCUUCAUUCUCAGCCCUCUCGUUCGCCUUAACCGAUGCUGAAGUCGCCUUCAUAGCUCACCGCCAGCUCCUGACUCUCCCGGAGGGCGGUGACCUUCCUGAAAACUAUGAGGUUCAAGUGGAUGCCAAGCUCAACUUUGAAAACAACAGGCUCAAAAACGCUUAUGUUGCUCUUCAGGCCUUGAAGAAGGCCAUCUUCUCCGACCCUUUUGGCUUCACAGUCAAUUGGGAAGGUGCAAAUGUUUGCUCCUACAAAGGGGUCUUCUGUGCACCGGCGCUUGACGAUGAAAAACUGACCGUUGUGGCCGGUUUGGACCUGAACCAUGCCGACAUUGCUGGCCAUCUCCCUGUCGAAAUGGGGCUCUUGACUGAUGCUGCUCUCAUCCACCUCAACUCCAACAGGUUCUGCGGCAUUAUCCCACGGAGCUUCAGGAGACUGAUACUUAUGCAUGAGUUUGAUGUCAGCAACAACCGCUUCGUCGGCUCCUUCCCUGUGGUGGUCCUCGAAUGGCCUAGUUGCAAGUACCUUGAUCUCCGGUACAACGAUUUCGAAGGAGAGCUGCCUCCAGAGCUUUUCUACAAGGAGCACGAUGCCUUGUUCUUGAACCACAACCGAUUCACAUCAAUAAUUCCAGACACCUUGGGCCACUCCACGGUUUCUGUAGUGAAUUUUGGGUUCAACAACUUCACUGGUUGCAUACCACGAAGCAUUGGGAACAUGAAAAAUCUGAAUGAGAUUAUUUUCAUGAACAACCAACUUGGUGGCUGCUUCCCUCCUGAGAUUGGAAACCUUGGAAAUCUGCAGGUUCUUGAUGUGAGCAACAAUGUGUUUAUUGGUUCCUUCCCAAAGACCUUCUUGGAGCUCCGCAGCAUAGAGGAAUUGGCUGUUGGGUACAACAGGUUGACAGGGUUUGUGACUGAAAAGAUUUGCUCCUUGCCUAAGUUGGCCAAUUUCACAUUUGCUUACAAUUAUUUCAGUGGAGAAGCUCAGAAAUGUAUGCCAAAUCCCAAACGUGAGGUGAACUUUGAUGACACGGGCAACUGCAUGCCCGGCAGGCCCAAGCAAAAGAAUACCAAGACUUGCUUCCCAGUGGUCACUAAGCCUGUGGAUUGCAGCAAGCAUUGUGGUGGUGGUUCUUCAACCCAGGAUAAGCCAAGACACCAAGGCCUCAACCACCUCAGACGCCAAAGACCGAGAAGCCUCCGACACCCAAGGCUGAGCCACCACCGACACCAAAGGCAGAGCCACCUCCCAUGUCUAAAGUCGAGCCACCUCCCACACCUAAGGCAGAGCCACCUCCCACCCCCAAAGCCGAGCCACCUCCCAAGCCAAAGGCGAGCCACCACCCACACCCAAGGCCGAGCCACCACACACGCCAAAGGCCGAGCCACCUCCAACACCAAAGGCCGAGCCACCACCCACACCCAAGGCCGAGCCACCUCCAACACCCAAGGCCAAGCCACCUCCAACACCCAAGGCCGAGCCACCUGCCACACCAAAGGCUGA